UAAAUUCUUGCAUUUUAGGUGAGAUCACCACCGGCGUACCCAAAUUAUUCUCGGCUUAAAGGUGAACGUUUACCGCCGUGUUCAAGUGCGCGUGCAUGCGUGUGGUUCGCCUUUUAGCAGCUUACUCCGUUUUAUUCUUUUCCGAAAGUCAUGUGAUGCGAGUGAGCGAGUCUGAAUAAAAUAGUGGAGUUUGGUGAUGAAUUCCACGUUGGUGAGAAAACUAGGGCGCCUGCGGGCGAAUUUCCCGGGCGCGUGUCAGAGGUACGGAGUCGUGAUGAUGCGACUGUUGGCGAGGCAUUGCGAGUUUCUAGCUACUCAGCGAAUCCGGAGAACGUCGCAAAUCGUGCUGCUUUAUUCGAAGAUAUGGAAUGAAACUGCCAUCCAAAAAAUGGUUGAACGACUGAGACACGAAGCAGGGAAUCGAGGGAAGAUGCUGUUGCUUGGUGCUGCCCUCCUGGAAGCCCAGUAUGACUGGAAACGUGAGCACAUAAAGAAGGAAGAUUUAGAAGCUCUGUUCAAUGAAUUUGAGGAAACUCGUACGCUGUUGGACGAACACAGUUGCAAGCAUUGCGGGCAUCGUCGGGUUUUUGACAAGCAUGUUUCGUGGGCAACGUAUUGCAGUUGUCGACAGAAGAUGAAGGUGACGAAGAAUCGGGACAGCUGGGAGCCGUUUUUAGAAAGAAGCGACGUGGUCAUUUGGCGACGUCCGGUUUCCACGCGUAAUUUCGAGUACCGAGUUUUCGGGCGUUACGACGAUGUUUGCGCCGGAUCCUGGUUCCGGAUAAACGCGGACGACAAAAAGCGACAAGACUGGGACGAUACUUGUUUGGAAAUCCGGCAAGUUGACAUUCACCCGGAAACGAACACUCAAGUUCUCUACUGGCGUUCGCAAUACCCCUUUCCGAUGUCGAACCGGGAUUACGUGUUCAAGAAGAAUUUUAUAAUUGACCGGAAACGAAGGAUGGCGCUGAUAUUCAAUCACGACACGGAACACCCUGGUAUUCCUGAACGAAAGGAUCAUGUUCGGAUAAAGCACUACAAAUCAGUCAUUGUUGUCAGGCCGAUCACGGAUUUCCACCAAGAUGGGAUGGAAUUUUGCAUCUCUUACGUAGACGAUCCUGGUGUUGAGCUUCCCGAGAUUUUCAUCUCGUAUGUGACUGUGCAAGGUUUCCCGAACUACGUGGACAAGAUGCGGAGCGCAGCGAAAAAAUUGGAACGUGCGAUAGGCCGAGAAGUGAUGUCUGUGGAGAACUUGUUGAAGUAUUUCAAUUUGCGGGACGAAACGGAAGACGAAGUGGUGAUUGCAGAUGGAGAAGCUGGUGACGCCGGCCGGAAUAUCAAGUGUACCGCGGGAACCAGUGGCAGAAGUCGGAAACACGACUUGGGAACACCUCUGAUCAGAGUUGUUCUGGAGUCGAAACUGCGGGAUGCUGAUUCCGACAUCCGUCGUGCAAUAGACGUCCUGCGAGACGCGUUGGGCCUCAAGAAACGCGCCCCACGCACAGAAGACAUAGUGUUCACCGUCGGGCCUUCGUUAUCCCAUUACCGUCAGUCUCGAGCCAGAGCAGCGGACGGCCGUUCAGGUUCCCCCGAAAACGGCGCCUCCGCCCCCGCGAGGACCGACGCGGAGUCGGGCCCGCAGCUGAACUCGGGCGUAGAGUCGCCUCAUGGCGCCGGAUCCUCAUCGUCUGGAUGGUACGCCACCGUGUGGAUCCCGUUGUCGUGGCUCAAGCGGUUGUGGCCCUUGCGGAGUUCUUCUAUGGAACCUGACGAGGGCGGCUCUAGGAACAGUAGCGAGGAUUGAUUGGCCGCCGUUUUCCGCGGAACGGGGAUUUGUUGAGGGCGACGUGCAAUGGCUGGGUGCUUUUCCUGAAUCCGUCGCCACCAUCUCUUCAAAGUGUAUUAUUUUUCUAAUGCAUUAGUACAGUACUGUACUGUUAAAUCUCGUUACGACGAACUCUCAGGGACCUGUAAAAGAAUCGUUUAAACAAAAAAAUUCUUUACGAGGAGAUUCAUGGUUUUUGGUGAAUGUGGAUAGGACUAGAAUUUUUUGUGAAAUGAGUUGUAUUCCAUUUUUCAAAGUACAGCGCAGUAAAAUUAUCUCGCAAAUAAUCUCUUUAUAGUAAGUUUUUUUUAUUAUAACGAAUAUUUUUAAUUUUAACCAAGUUUUGCUCGGUCCCAGCAGUUUCUUCAUAGAACAAUGUUACUGUAUAAUGAUAUCGUUUUGACAAAGUAAAUUUUUGCUAAAAUCUCAUUAGAAUGUUUUUUCUGCCCUGCUGAUAUGAAUAGCCCAUGACGAUUAUUUCAUCAUUUGAAGAAAGUGGGAAAAAUUCAACAUUUGUAUCAUGAAAAUUUUAUUGAGAAAAAUUGAAGCUUUUUGAAAAUAAAAUUCAGCACAGUCCAGUAUUGCGAAAGAUACAUAGUAUGAUAUUUUCUUAGUCUUAUUAAAUAAGCACUUGACCAUGUUCAUUGCUUAUUUCGAACAGAAUUUCGCCAAUAAAUGUCUUCAAAACCAUGAAUCUCUGUAAAAAAAAAAAUUUGCAUUGUGUCGCAUUCUUCAGCAUGUCCGUGGGAGUACGUUUUAUGGAGAUUUUACUGUACUUCACUGACGGAUUUAUGAAGAAUUUUCAUUAUUUGCAACUCUUGCAAGAAAUAAAGAGAUCAAAGUAAAAAUCCAAAGCUCACUUAUGCUAAUCCCACUGAACUAUAAAAUGAAAAAAUGUGUAAGAGCAAUUAUUAAUUUUCCCUGAAUUAUAGCUUAAUUCUUUCGAACAUUUUGUUCAUUUGAAGAAAGUGAACAUUUCGGACUCUAAAAUAUAUUAAGAGAAAUUCCGCUGAGAUCAUAAUGCUUCAUACUUCCUGUUAUAUUAAAGUAUCUGCGCAAAAAGACUAGCAUUCUUGUUUUUUGUGGGAUUUUUUCAGUGCUGCUAUCCUGCUAAACUUUGAUUCUCACAUUUACUCUACGCCAAAUAUUUGUUCUAAAGUACCGCACUGAGAUUCCGAGUAAAAAUUUGUUUGUUGAAAGUAAAGUUUUGUAUUAUGGUUCCAAAGAAGAAACUGCUGCGAUUCGAAAAACAAAAAACGUUGAAAUGAUUUGAUCGUCUUCUUUGUCAAAACCCAUGGACUUGGUUUAGAGAAAACGAGUAUUUUUGCUCUCACUUAAACAUUUUAAUAUCUCGUCUUAUUUUAAAUCUCUAAAAUAAUAUGUUUCUCCUUGGAAAAAGGUGGGGAAUGAAGAAAAGUAUCUUUACAAAAUUACCUCUGAGCACUGUGUGGAAUCAUCUUCCAAACUUAUUACGGAGAAUUGUUUUUCUUUCGUUUUCAAAUUUAAAGGGGAUGGAAGGCUUCCGGAAUUGUACCCAAGCGUGAUUGUCAGAAACGGGCGAUUUUUCGAAAUUUCCAGUAGUGUGAUUUCUGCCAUGCUCUUCACGAGAGCUACUGUUUUUUUAUGAUAGGCAAUGUUGGGUAUUGACAUUCUUGCCACUUGGACAUACUUUUCUCCCUCUCUCUCUCUCGCAAACUUCGUGCUUUCGCCGACGUUUGUUCUCUAUCAACUCUGAGUUACCGAUUAAUUUUCCGAAUUUCUUGGGGAAACAAUUUCCGAUGCGUGUUCUUCGGUGUUCUAUGGAUUCACGGGGUGAUUCUGCAUAUUUCUGUUAGGAUUCAGUGUAGGAGGGGACGACGGCAGGCGUGGGGGAAACAUUGGUUGAAGAAAGAGGGGAAAUGGGUGCGUUGUCAUUUGAAGAAUUGCGUGGAAAUACGAGGAUGAAAUUUUUUUCUACCAUCCAAAUCCCCGUCGUUUUCCUUCAAAUUUUGUUGUUUAAAAAAAUUCGUGUGAUUUUCUGAAAAA